AUGACGAAAAAUAAUCCAAAAAUGGAACAUUCGCCUCUCACAACAUGUGAAAUAAAAAAAUCUGAUAUUUUAGUUCCAUAUAUCAAAGGGAAAAAUCACGCAAAAAUAUUGCCACAGUUUUCAGGAACUAAAAUCAGCAGUCUUUUGCAGUGUGUACCAAGGUCAUAUGUGAUCAACUGGCAGCUCUUCCAUCUGUUCAGGAUCUUGGAACAAACCCUGACUGGUCAUUGCUUCCUCAAGAGGAUAAAAACAGGCUGUGUAUCAAUCAUUCCAUCAUACUCAGAGACAAUGGAAUCGAUUUUACCAGAUGCCACAGAAACUGGGCAUCAAUUGCAAGGGUUAGCCAGCUCUGAGGAGGGUGUAAGAAGCGAGAAUACUCUGGUAAGUUCAUAUCUGGUAGGAAUUUUAGCCAGUACGAUUCAUGAAUAA